CAUCUUCUCUUAUGCAGAGUCGUGAUAAAGACAGUGGUAAAGGACAAAGUCGCCAUGCAUGAUAUGCAAUAAAGUUAGUAACAUAAGAGAUCAUUAACGGCAUUUUACUUAGUCUGUAUGCUACCUUGCUUGCUACUUAGGCAAUUGAAAAUACUGUGUUAAAACACGAGGAACAGAAGAGAUAAUGUUUCAGAGGAAGAGUCAAAAUAUCAAGUCCUUCCUGAGUCUUGUGCCAGGGAAACGUCGCUUUGGAGUGUACAGAUUUCUGCCCGUCUUCUUCUGUAUUGGAGGUGUGAUGGAAUGGGUCAUGAUCAACGUGAGGAUUGGAAGGGAGACAUUCUAUGAUGUCUACAGAAGAAAGAAGUCAGAGAGGGAAUACCAGCAGAAGAUCGAGGAUGGAUUGAUUGUACUUACUAAACCAGUAGCCAAGUGAAUUACUGAACCAGUAGCCACUAUAAUGGAAGUAGAACACUUGAGAUGUGAUUGGGACACAAACACUGGUGUUUGCAAUGCAAUGGACUUGAGGCAAACAUUUCUGGAUGGUUCAAAAGACUGAUAUUUAAUGAAAACAUUUAUGUACUCUUUGUGAUACUGAGUUUGGAUGAAACAUUUUUCAGAGCCAAAUGUGACAACGUGAUAUUUGUCAAAUAAAGGUUACAUUACUCAGUGGAGGCA